GUGCAAGCCCUUUCAUAUCUGCCUUCCAAUUUUCAAUCAGGUAAAGUGUUCUUCUUCCUCAUCGGUAGGUUAAGCCGAUUCCAUUGUUUCUUUAUCCAGCCGCUUCAUACCUGCCUUCUAGUUUCGAAUCAGCCGAGUCAAAUCUUUCGGCAAUUCCUCUUUCAAAGUCGCCCCCAACUUGCAAUCAGGUGGAUAUGAGCUCUCACGUUCGAAAUGAUAGAAGGGAUAAUAGGUCUAGGUUUCCACGUCGUCAAGAAUGGAUUCCCAGAGGAUCAACUGCGACAGUCUCCACCACUGUUGUGGAUGCUAGUUCCCCUUCGACAGUUGCCUCAAACCCAGAUGGAAAUAGCGAGGAACCUAAUAUUAGAUCAGGUCCACAGCCUCAAAAUGGUCUUAAUAGAGGAAAUUUUGGGGUGCAGAGGAGGCAGCAUAUAGCUCGCCCUGUAAAUCAGAGUAGAGACAGAAGAAGAGAUCCUCUAUGUGAGGAGAGAGUUUCAAAAGGCACGACAGGAGCUUUACCACAGCUUGUUCAAGAAAUCCAAGACAAACUUUUAAAGGGGACAAUUGAGUGCAUGAUAUGUUAUGAUAUGGUGAGGCGGUCUGCCCCUAUUUGGUCCUGCUCCAGCUGCUUCUCAAUUUUUCAUUUGCAUUGUAUCAAGAAAUGGGCGAGGGCGCCUACUUCUAUCGACUUGUCUGCUGAGAAAAAUCAAGGAUUUAAUUGGCGUUGCCCAGGGUGCCAAUCAGUACAGCUCACUUCCUCCAAGGAUAUUCGUUAUGUUUGUUUCUGUGGAAAGAGGCAGGAACCACAUUCAGACCCAUAUCUCACUCCUCAUUCAUGUGGAGAACCCUGCGGAAAGCCCCUUGAGAAGGAGGUUCCUGGUUCUGGUGUAAGUAGGGACGAUCUUUGUCCUCAUCGUUGUGUUCUGCAAUGCCACCCUGGGCCAUGCCCACCUUGCAAGGCUUUUGCUCCACCAAGAAUAUGUCCAUGUGGGAAGAAAAUAAUCACCACAAGAUGUUCUGAUCAGAAAUCUGUUCUUACUUGUGGCCAGCGCUGUGGGAAACCUCGUAAGUGUCUACGCCAUCGUUGUGAGAAGACAUGCCAUGUGGGUCCUUGUGAUGCUUGCGAGGUUCUCAUUGAUGCCUCAUGUUUUUGCAAGAAAAAGACGGAGGCAGUCCUUUGUGGUGACAUGGCAGUGAAGGGAGAAGUUAAUGUAGAAGAUGGUAUCUUUUCAUGCAGUUCACCUUGUGGAAAACCUCUUGCAUGUGGAAACCAUGUCUGUAAAGAAAUUUGUCAUCCUGGUCUUUGUGGGGACUGUGACCUGUUGCCAGGGAGAAUUACGUCAUGCUAUUGUGGUAAAUCAAGCUUACAGGAGGAGCGGCAGAGCUGUCUGGAUCCAAUCCCAACCUGCUCACAGAUAUGUGACAAAACCCUCUCUUGUGGGUUACAUCGUUGUAAAGAGACAUGCCAUCCAGGGGAAUGUGCACCUUGUCGAGUGAUGGUUUCUCAAAAAUGUCGUUGUGGAUCAACUUCUCGAAUCGUAGAAUGCUUCAAUACCACCAGGGGAGUAGAAGUAUUUACAUGUGAUAAACCUUGUGGGCGCAAGAAGAACUGUGGUAGACACCGUUGCAGUGAGAGGUGCUGCCCACUUUCAAAUUCCAGCAAUGCCUCCAGGCCCCUCAUCCAGGGAUGGGAUCCACAUUUGUGUUCCAAGCCUUGUGAGAAGAAGCUAAGAUGUGGGCAACAUGAUUGUGAAUCACUGUGUCACAGUGGCCAUUGCCCUCCUUGCCCUGAGACAAUUUUCACUGAUUUGACCUGUGCUUGUGGAAGAUCUUCAAUUCCUCCUCCACUACCUUGUGGUACACCGCCACCUUCUUGUCAAUACCCUUGCUCCGUUCCUCAACCAUGUGGUCACGUGUCUUCUCACAGCUGCCACUUUGGGGACUGUCCACCUUGUUCAGUUCCUAUACCUAAGGAAUGCAUCGGAGGACAUGUGGUCCUCAGAAACAUACCAUGUGGUUCAAAAGAUAUUAGAUGUAACAAACUUUGUGGCAAGACAAGGCAGUGUGGGAUGCAUGCAUGUUUAAGGACUUGCCACCCUUCUCCAUGUGAUUCCUCGGGUGGAUCUACUUCUGGUGUGAAGGCUUCAUGUGGUCAGACCUGUGGCGCUCCCAGGAGAGACUGCAGGCACACAUGUACUGCCCUUUGUCACCCAAAUAAUGCAUGUCCAGAUGCAAGGUGCGAGUUCCCCGUCACAAUAGCAUGUUCUUGUGGUCGAAUAACUGCAACUGUUCCUUGUGAUGCUGGAAGCAGCAGCAAUAGUGGUUACAAUGCUGACACCCUUCUUGAAGCAUCUGCAGUUCAGAAAUUGCCAGUGCCGCUUCAACCCAUCGAAGCAAAUGGCAAGAAGAUUCCACUUGGACAGAGGAAGCUCAUGUGUGACGAUGAAUGUUCAAAGAUGGAGCGUAAAAAGGUUCUUGCGGAUGCUUUUGGUGUCACUAGUCCAAAUUUGGAGGCAUUACAUUUUGGUGAGAAUGUUAUGGUUUCUGAUAUGCUAGGAGACCUAUUCAGACGUGAUCCUAAGUGGGUUUUGUCUGUUGAAGAGAGAUGCAAGAUGUUGGUGGUUGGCAGAGGCAGAGGGGGAGCCGCUGCGCUCAAGGUUCAUGUGUUCUGUCCGAUGUUGAAAGAGAAGAGAGAUGCAGUGAGGCUAAUUGCUGAGAGGUGGAAACUCUCGAUAAAUGCUGCUGGUUGGGAGCCAAAACGCUUUGUCGUCGUUCAUGUUACACCAAAGUCCAAGGCCCCUGCACGGAUUCUUGGUUCAAAAGGGAUGAACCCUACAAACUUGAUACAUCCACCCAAUUUUGAUCCUGUGGUGGACAUGGAUCCUAGGUUGGUUGUUGCGUUGUUUGAUCUACCAGGGGAUGCAGAUGUAAGUGCUUUGGUAUUGAGGUUCGGUGGGGAAUGUGAAUUGGUGUGGUUGAAUGACAAGAACGCAUUGGCUGUGUUCAGUGAUCCUGCUCGAGCUGCAACUGCUAUGAGACGGUUAGACCAUGGGUCUGUCUAUUAUGGGGCAACUGUGCUAGCUACAUCGACAGGAGGCAAUGCUUGGGGCUCAACAACACCCAAGGAUAAUCAUAUGCAAACAAAUCCAUGGAAGAAAGCUGUUGUUCAGGAGUCCAGCUCUGAUUGGGGAGAGAGUUCAUGGAAUGUUGCAGAAGAGAACCCAGAAACAACGACAACAUCAUCAUCAACAUCAUCAUCAUGGAAGGUAAAAGAAGCUGCUCCAAUCACCGCAUCAGCAAAUCGGUGGAGCAUUCUGGAAUCAGAAGCUAGUCGUAGCGAAGAAUCUGGAAAAGCCAUAGGAGGAAGUAAUGUGAUGAAUGAGCCAUCCUCUAGUGGUUCAAAUAAACAGGAUGAGGACUCGGACGUAGUGGACUGGGAGACUGCAUAUGACUGAACCCAAGCAAUUUUAGUGUUAUGUUUUUGUUUUUUUCUUUUUCCUUUUUAAACUGCAACUUCUUUAUGCAAAAACAUUGAUGGGUGAACAUGGGUUUUGCCAGAUGCAUUUUUGUUUCUAAAUGCUAUUUUACCAAGUUGGUUUUGAGUUUCAA